AUGAGCAUUGUCUAAUUUAGUUUAGACCCUUCUUUACAUACCUCUUAGUUUUAUAAUUUAGAUCUUAAUGAUAGAACUCAAGACUUUAUUCAUUUUGAACCUAUUCAUAUUACCUCUCAACAUAAUAAAUACUAUAACUAUAAAAAAUAAAUAAAACUCUCUCCAACCAUCAACUAUGAUAAUAAUAAUAAUUCAUUAAUGUAUUACUAAAUUCAAAUCUAAAAAAUGAGAGUGAAAAGGGCCAGAUAAUAAAGAAGCUCUAAAUAUCAAAGAUUACCUGAUUUAGAUUGUAAUUCUUAUUUAGGAAUUAUAUAACCUACUUCGAAGACUCUAAAAAUUACUCAAAGAAAAUAUUCAUAACCUUAGAGAUUACCUACAAACUCAUUUUGUCAUUUAUCUAAUGAUAAUGAAUAUUAAUCAAAUAUCUAAACUAAAAUUAAAAUUCGAUUACCUAUUAUAGAAAAAAAUUAAGUCAAUAGUUCAUGUAGAAGUUCUUUAAAUUGCUGGACAAGAAAUAACUCUUAUAGUUUAUUAUAUGAAAACUAAUGA